AUGUUACAAGAACCAGACAUUCCUCCACAACAAUUAUGGGAAGCAUUCAAGCAUAAACGUACCUCAGUUGACCUUUAUACACAAGAUGCUACUGUUCUAUUCGUUCCUACCUUUGUAGGUGCCAGAGGAAAUGCCGAGAUACGCAAAUUCUUUCUACAUCCUCAUUUUUCUGAUAAAUCCAAUCCUAUAAAAGAAAUUGUAUUCAAUACUCUCAUGUCAAAUGAUAGAUUGAUGGAAGAAUCCAUCUGGUCAGUUCAUUUUCAUACUGGAGAGUGUAGUUGGUUAGUGCCUGGUAUUGAAUCAAGAUAUUUACUUAAUGCAACUGUCAAAUUCCCUGUCUCGACCUCGGUUACGUUUGUUAACAAUAAGAUCCAAUCCAUUCGUUACCAUUGGGAUCAAGCCUCAAUAUUAAAGCAACUCAAGGUCAUUACUGAAAAAUUACAAUGGCCAGUCAUUGGAGAACAACAAGUAGAUGCUUUUUAUACAAUCAACACUGUUCCAUUGAAACACUUGCAUGAACAACAAAAGCCGAACACGCCAUCGCCCUCUCAUUCGAUUUCAAACCAACCCUCAUCUUUGGUCCAGUAG